GUGUGGAACAAGAGUGUAGAAUACCAGCACGACGAGUAUUGGAUUACACGAACAGAGGACCUUUGAGGGAUUCAAGUGACGUGAAUCGUCUCUGUCGCCAAGACUGCAAAAUCCUGAAACUUCACGAACAAUGACUGCAGCAUUCGAGGAGGAAAACAACCCACAGCAAGAGCUGACAAGUGGAAGAUUACAGUGUUACUCACCGCCAAGGAGGCGAUGGAAUUCAACUUUUAAGACUUCCACUGACGGCGAGGCUGACGGGCACUGUCCGGAAAUGUGUGCUUCCGUGCGGUCAGGUGCGCAACAUCAGUGCGGUAAGAACAGCAGGCGAACAUCGAGGACCGUCUUUUACAGAAAUCGACAGUGAGCGACGAAGGCAUGCCACACCACAGUGUGAGAAAAGACAUCCAGAUGGCAAUGUCGAGUUCCCUUUCUCUGGUCUGCAUUCGGAAAACAUAACAAGAAGAGUGGUCUCUGUGGCCCCAUCACUUGCGGGCACGCUUCACAUUAGUUUCGCUGUGUUCCCAUCUUUUUUCGUGGCAACACUCGUGGUGCCGAUAUUUCCUACACAUUGUCGUUUCGAGCUUCGGAAACAGGUGAUAUCUCAUAAGCAUAUGGGGGCCGAUUUCAUUUAUCGCUGGCUGCGAGUCGCAGCCCAGCCACCGACGGUUACCGUUCCUCUACUGGUUGCACUCACCAGGCAUCAUAGCACACUUUUUCCUUUCAGCUUGUUUCUGUCAGAAAAAAGGAAUGCCUGGUGCUCUUUUGCUCGCUUUCACUAAAGAAGAGCUGACGCCGUAUGCUUUGUGCUCUCUUGCACCUUCGAUAAAAGAGCCACCUGCACAUUCCCUCCCGCGCGCUCCUGCGUCGUUUCAUUUCUGGCCAUGUACUUGAAACAGAAGUGACGCUCUGAGAUCAUGGCUGGUGUGCUGUCGACAUUUCAUCGGACGACACCCGCGAGUUGCCAAUCGUCGUGAUGGGCUGCUGCAGAUGUGCAACGUAAACAAUUUAGAAAGUCCGCAUUCGUGGAAUUGAUAGAAGUCCUGAAAUUCACAUGCCUGAUUCGCAUUCAUAAGCUGAGAUAUAGUCACAAGGAACUUGGUUGUCUCUAUCCCGUAACGAGUUGCCCUAGGUACGGUGAAGCACGCCGUUAUACACCCAUGAAGCCCUCUGUUGUCAAAAACCGCGUAGUUAAAUGCAGACUGCACAUUCCACUAUAAUAGGCCUUAUACCACGCACCCUUUCCUUCGUCUCUUCCGUGAAGGCCAUGAUACUCCCCUAAAAAUGCCUUUCCUCGAGAGGCUGAGGAGAGUUAGUUCGCUUGCUUCCACCACUGACAGACACAGGAGUGGACCUGUUGUAUGCAGAUGACCCAAGCUCAAAACAGUUUGACGAUGCGCGAUCGCUCCUGACUGAAUCUGUUUCCACAAGACGGAGUGCUAGCUGACGUGGUUCAUCCAUUCCGAGGAAAGACGCGGACACCGUUGUCCAACUGCUGGGGCACACGGCCGCCUCUUCAUCUGCAGUGCAGGCACCAGCUAAACCCGUCCUUCUUUGCAUAGUUCGCUUUCGCUGCACCUUUUCUAAACGUGAAAAGUGCCUUACUUGGGAGGGUUUGUCUCAGGGGUUUCAAUUUCAGCUUCCUUCUGGAAUCGCCGCUGUUCCCUGGUCCGCUUUCCGUUGCAUGCGUCAUGACGCUAACAGAGCGAAGAGCUGCCCGGGAGUCAAAUGACACUGCGCUGCCGCAAGCUGCAAAAUGCGACGAAAACGACCGCGAUCGUAAGUCGUGGUUAGGCGAGUCUGUAGCGUCUCUCUUCACGCGUUGCUUUCGUCUCUGUGGUAGAACCUUCGAGUUCUGCUCUACUAAUUUGAACUGCAUUUUCCGGGUUCGGAGAGACCCUGUUUUCUCUUCACCCGCAGCCGUUCCAAUCCGAGGCACGUCUAAGCUCCGCUGGUCUCUGUCCUCAGACACUCAUCGGGGUCGCCUUUAACUUACGGCUUCCCACUUCCGUCCACUUUGCUCGAGGUUGUUUAGGCAGACUGCUGCGUUUUGUGCUUUUCGAUAUGUCGUUGUGUUUCCCCUUUCUGUUCCUCAUUUCAGCAUGCGCGUGUCCUGGAAGCCGGGUUCUGUAUCUCACCUCCAGGUAGCUCCUGGAGGCGACUUUCUCUCGGUUCAUCCGUUCUCACGCAGUGUAGUGUAAUUUAUUUUUUUCUCGGGGACUGUUUCAUCUGUCAGUUGUGCUUCUUAGGAGAUUUUGGCGGAGUUUCCGCUCGCGUUCGACAACAAUUUGAGCUAUCCCCUAUCCAGGCUUGUUCGUAGGUACCCAGUCGGUAGCGGUAGGAGUCCCUGCCGUCAAGAAUUUGCAUCACGUUUCACUUUCUCCGAACAACUUGGACAGCGAAUGGGUGUCUACUUGGGUUUUCACUGGGUGUAUUUGUCUUUAAAGAGCCGCACAUAUGCGAGGGGAAAACCUGAAGUGUGACCCAUCUUCAUCGGUCCAUCGCGGGCGCUCUCCGCCAUAGACUGCCUGCGUUCCCGGUUUCGACUUCGAGCGCACAUCGACGGCAGCUUCUUGUGGAGCGUUUGAAGUUUGCGUACAGUGAACGAAUUCAUCCAGCCAGGCGGGGCGAGAAACGGUCGGAAAACUUGAUCCCUGGUGGAAACGGCGAUGCAGUCAAGAAUGCCUCCUUUUUUAUUCCCUCUACUCUCGGCUCGCGCGAUAGCAACCUGACAGUUGUCAGUUGUCAGAAGGUCCCCCUGGUCCUCUGUUUGACAAGAAGCCAGACAAGAAACGCAGACGAAGAGGGGCAUUUGAGGACCUUACAUGGCGAUGUGACCGCUCUUUCCCCGGGUCUGUUGUCAGGGGCCAUGCCUUUUCUGAGGCCGCAUGUUGCUUUCAGUUUUCGUUUCUCUGCAUUUUUCAGUUCGCCUGUACAGAGCAGUGUCCCGGUGUUCUUUGUUUUCGCUCGGGGACGCUUACGCAACUCGCUGAUGUUGCAUCUCUUUCGAAGUUCGUGGUCGUCCUCCUCACUGACAUUCAGUAUCGUGGAACACCAUUUUUUCCGUUUCGCUUCAACUCGCAUCCCUGACGAUUCUGUAGUCUUGAAGCAGAUUCCGAAUCCGACACACACAGGACAGAGACCUGACGGCUCUUUCCUGUCUCCACGCUCUUCUCGUCUUCUCUCCCUCUUUUUUCAAAUCGCCCCUCCCCCUCGCCUGUGUUGUUCUCCGCCCUCUCGGAGCCUGUUUCGUUCGAGGAGAGUUCGGUUCCUGCUGCAUCGAGCGACGCCUUCAGCAGCCUUGGUCUCCCGGCCAACUGUUUCCGCGGCUGCCCAAGAUGCCGAUCUCUGCGGGUGUCUCUUCGCCUGAGGAGCCUGCGGCCUCUUUGUCUCGCAUCGCCGACGCAUCGUGUUCGCCCGCGGUGCCGGCGAAGAAGUCCCGGUCUCGCCGGAACGGCCCUGUGUCUCCACUGUCUGCUGUCUCAUCGGGAGGAAGUUCGGAGGCCGCGAAGAGCGAUGGUUUGAGAGCAGCUAUUCGCGCAGCAGCUGUUUCGGCGGCUGUCGCGCCCCCAAGUCCCAGUGCCGCGCCUCGGGCCAGUGCGCUCCCACCGUCUCCUCUCGCCUCGGUUCCGCCCCAGCCAGUCACCUCCUCGGCUUUCUCGCGUUCGCUUUCUGGGCGCUCUGUGAACUCGCCGUUCGCCGGCUCUGGCCCGAUCCCCUGCGAGAAGCCCCCAGGCCCUGUCGAUGUGGUACUCGAGCAGCCGUGUAUCUACAAACAGCAGGACUUCUCUGUGCCCCUGCGCGUCGCACCGGACGCAGUCUCCGACGGGGGGUCUCGGCGCGGGUCUGCGGCCUCGACGCGUUCGACGCAGAACGGGAGCGGGAAGACUGCGCUGGGUUUCGCAGGCGAGGCAGUGGUGUGUGUGGAGAAGGACGGAGACGAAGACCGACAAGUUCCCUUCAGUCGGCUCGCGUCAAUGUCCUCUUCAGUGAUGGAGUGGCAGAGCCGAUUCGCGUUUGUCCUCGCGGCAGUAGGCGCCGCUGUCGGCAUCGGGUGUGUCUGGAGAUUCCCCACCUACUGCUACAAGUUCGGGGGAGGCGCGUUUCUUAUCCCCUACUUCCUGAUGCUGGUCCUCGUAGGCAUGCCGCUCCUCGCGCUCGAGAUGUCCCUCGGCCAGGUCUUCCGCGGGGGCCAUAUGCGAGUCUUCAAUUUGAUUUCCCCUCGUCUGCGGGGCCUUGCAGCGUCCACCAUGCUCCAGGCCUUCUUCAUCUGCGCCUACUACUCAGUGUUCCUCUCCUGGGGUCUGCACUACUUUUUCGCCUGCUGGCAGACGCCGCUUCCGUGGGUUGUCUCACCAGCCGAACUGGAUUUCUGCACUCAGUUCCAAGACGAAACUGCUUGCGAAGCGGCAGGGCGACCUUCGCCUUCUGGUGGAGAAUCGCCGGAGCCUUCACCAGCGGCUCAGAGUCUUCCAGGGUCUCUCACAGAGACAGGGGCGACCGCAUGUGUGUGGCUCGCGACUUCUUCCCCAGGGCUCCCUCACGGCCACUGCACAGCGGACAUUCGGCAGAAGGCGCAGGACUUUCUUUUUUCGGGGGUGUUAAGCUUUAGCGCCGCCUAUCCUGGAGGCCUCGCUCUGCCCGUUCUCCUCGGCCUGGCCUUCGUGUGGGUGCAGCUUUUCUGCUCGCUCUUCAAGGGCCUACAGUCUCUCACUGCGGUGAUUUACGCGGCGGUGUUGCUUCCCGUCUUUGCGAUCUGUCUCGUGAUGGUCAGCGCGUUGACGCUGGAUGGCGCGAGCCUCGGACUCUCUCACCUCUUCUCCGUCAACUGGGAGGCGUUGGUGGAGCAGCCGGAGAUCUGGGGCGAGGCGGCCUCGCAGGUCUUCUUCUCCCUCGGGGUCUUUCAGGGGGUCAUGACGGCGUACGCCUCUCACAAGAAGGUCUCGCAAAAUACGAUUCUCGACGCGACAGCUGUCGCCGCCAGCAACGCCGUCCUCUCUUUCGUCAGUGGCGUAGCGACCUUUGCGAUCGCCGGUCACGUUGCGAAGCGCGUGGGCGAAGUUGACGAGGCGACGGGGGCCGCAGAUCUCUCCGCGAUGAAUAUCGCGGGGAACCAACUCGUCUUCGUAUUGUACCCAAUUUCGCUUGCGACGCUCCCGGCGCCGCAGCUCUUCUGUGCGCUCUUCUUCCUCGCGUUCUUUCUCCUGGGCAUCACGAGUGCCAUUUCCUUCGUCCAGCCUGCGAUCGACUUGCUGAAGGAGUCGAAACUCUGGCGCGGCACGAAACGCUGGAAGCUGACGCUCGCUGCAUGCGUCCUCGGCUUCGUCCUCGGCGUCCCCUUCUGUCUCCGCUCGGGGAUCUACCUCAUCGAGUCUGCAGACUACCACUGGAGCGUGGUUGGCCUCACGUUCCUCGGUUGCUGCGAGGCCGUCGCCUUCGGCUGGGUCUACGGCAUGGGCCGACAAGUCGAAGUCCUUGGCUUUCUCCCCGUCGCGGUCCACGCCUUCUCGUACCUUGGAGGCGUCUCACUCGCGGCGCUGAUUCUCUUCGUUGCCGCCCCUCCGAGCCGCUGCGCUCUUGCCCUCGCGACUGCACUCCCCCUCAUGCUCGCAGGCGCGAGCCUGGCCCUCUACCUCUGUCCCCACAUGGAGGCUUCCCAGGCGCCUGGCGACCGCGCGUCCCCGCUCCAGGGUACCUCCCGCAAGCAGUCAGUCUCCUCGCUCUCUGCGGCUUCGAGAAGGGAGCGUCUGGGAGACCCUGAGCGCUGCCAGGUUGGUUUGCAAGUGCAGGCAGCGGAGGUGAGGGGAGACAACAACGCUUGUUUCAGUGCGCUCGACGACAGACUCGGACGCAGUGGAGGAUACGCUGUGGAGCCGGAAGACUCCCUACGAAGCGCGGAGGGCAUGCCCCCAUCUUCCACUUCGUUUCUGGGGCCUCAGGGCGCGGCGGGGCUCCCGUCGAGAACAGGUCGGCGGCUCUCGAUCUGGGACCGGAUCUACUGGUUGUACUUUGGAAACGUUGAGCAUCUGAGGUUGCACCUGAACGCGAUAACAGCGUCAAAGGCGCGCGUUUUUUGCCUCUGGCCCGUCUGGUCGGUCGUCAUCAAGUACGUCUGCCCCGCAAUUCUCCUCUUCCUGCUGUUCAACGAACUCGGGAAAGGCGCCUUCCUCUACUUUGGGGGUUUGCCUCUGGCGUACCAUAUCGUGGCUAUCGCAGUGCUCGCGUUUGUCGCGUUCUUCGUGUUUCUCGGCUCCCUUCUUCCCGAGUUCUUCCACGGCUUCGUGACAGAAAGACGCCCCCUAGGCGGAAAAGUAUUCGCGAGAAGACAGAGACAUGCGGCAGAAGCGGCGGCAGCGGUUCCGGCCGCCGGCGUCUCGAAAGGAGUCUCUCCGGCGAGUGUAGCCACAGCCAGCGGGAUCGCAGGGAAACAAGACACAGAGAGAAGCAACUGAAAAUGCGUUUCGAACGCGUUCGAGCAGAAAGGCAUGCGCUGUCGCAUGAAGGAGACACAGUGGCGAGAGGCGAAAUGCAGACAAGGGAAGAGAGAGAGAGAGGAACCGCAAGAGCGGAGGAGCUGGGGGAAGAGAACGGGAGACCGAAGAGAGGGUGGCAGGGAGGGAGUGCGAGGCUUGAGAACCUGGGAGGAAAAGAGAGAGCGAGAGACACGGCUAGAAGGCGACAAAUUCAGUGGAGAGAGGAGCGUCAAUUUCGAAAAAACACCAGUUGUUCGUUGGAAAGGAGCGAGGAGAAACAGCGACAAUGAAAGAGCGAAGGAGACCGUUCUCGACGCCUCCCUUUUUUCUUAUUCUCUAUAAAGACUUUUCACCUUUGUGUAGAAAUAUUUCUUUCGAACUGAGCCUUCGUUCCCAGGCAAGAGUAAGUGUGUGCCGGAUCUACAGGGGCGAGUGUUUUCAACUGGGAAUCCCGCCGUUGUUUGAACGGUGAAAAAGUCCUGCAUAUCGUUUCCGGAAGCUGCGGGGCAGAACUGUGUCGAGCCAUAGAGCCCGUACGUGCAUGCGCGUGAGUAUUACGAAGGCGGUUCUGUUUCUCAAAUCCCUUUUCCAGUCGUCAAAGAACGCUGAAAAGCGGUCUGAAGGAGACUCUGUUGCUUUUCGGAGUCUGACGGAACAUCUCGGAUGUGUGUUUCGGCUCAGACAAGCAGCGCCGUCAAUCGAAAACAUUUCCCAGAUCGAGGCACGCUCUUGUUUAAGAACUCGAGAAACGCGAAAGCGUCAAUUGCUUUUUUUAAAACCUGCGCGCCUGAGAAAAAGACCAGACGCGUCCAGGGUGUUUCCAGAAUUCAAAACGCACACCGAAGCAAAUCGAUCCACAUCUGCCGACAGACUUUUUCGUUCAUCUAUAUUCCUUCCGAUCUAUCACCGCGUGUCUUUCUUUUUAUCUCCACAAUUCGCGAUCUAUCUGUUUGUGUGCAUACGUUUCCGCCAAUGUUUCCAUUUCUCUGUCUAUCGAUCUCGAUCUCUUUCUGUCUAUUCGUUUAUCCAUCUUCACGCAUCUAUUUCUCUCUCUCUAGAUAUAUAUAUAUAUAUAUAUAUGUAUUAUAUAUAUAUAUAUAUGUAUGUUAUAUAUAUAUAUAUAUGUAUUAUAUAUAUAUAUGUAUGUUAUAUAUAUAUAUAUAUAUUUAUAUAUAUUUAUAUAUUUUUGUAUACUUGCCGACAUCCCGCUAUUCACGUAGAUACAUCGAUACGUAAUAGAGGCUGUGUCCAUCUGACAAUGAGAGAGGCCGAAUCCGGAGGCGAACCUCCCCGUCUCGGUGCCUCUGUGGCUGGCUUGAGUUCGGUCGGAGAGUUGGAGGAAUUUCGCUUUUUGUCUGCCGCGCUGCAUGCACGCGCCAUGCAUGCGUUAAAAAUAUACGAACAGACGAUAACAAACAAGCGGACGGACCGCGGAAGACGCAGUCGAAACCCUUGUUGACACCCUGUGUGGGUAGAAUGUUCCAUCGCACUCCCGCGCUUAAAUCCUCAGCCAGAUCAGAGGAGUAUCCAUGCGCGCUCCCAACAUCUUCGGCAGGCGACGCCGUGAAGAAAGAAGCCUCUCAACGAACAAAACAUCCAUCCCGAGACACAAACAACAGACGUACCACAUGCACGACAAUUACAUACUUACACAUCUGUAUCUACCUAUAUAUAUAUAUAUAUGUAUAUAUGUAUAUAUAUAUAUAUAUGUAUAUAUCAUAUAUGCGCAUGUCCAUAAGCAUGCGCGAACAUGCGUAGACAUC